AUGAAGUGCCUUGUCGUUUGUGCUCUCGUCACCUUCUGUGCCCUGUCUGUGUCAGGCGCUCUCCAGAAUGUCACCGUGAAAGGAAUAGCUGUAUGUCAGAAGAGGCGGAUGGCAAAUCAGCGUGUCCAGCUCUAUGACCGCGAUACCUUGGAUCCCAAUGACCUUCUCGCUGAAGUGCAUACAAAUAAGGAAGGAGAAUUCGAACUGUACGGAGAAGAGAACGAGGUUGGCAGUAUCGAGCCCUUUGUCCGUAUUCAUCACAACUGUAACUCGAAACCGAAUAUGCGAUCCCUGGUACUACUCGCUGUCCUGGCUGCAUGCUACCUGUCCGUUUCGGCCAAAAUGCAAAACGUGACCGUCAAGGGUAUCACUGUAUGCAAUAAGAAGCGCUUGGCCAAUGUUCAUGUCGAGCUUUACGAUAAGGACACAUUGGACCCCAACGAUCUUCUGUCAGAGACGCACACAAACUCUGAAGGCGAGUUCGAACUUUUUGGACAGGAAGACGAGGUGGGCAGCAUCGAGCCAUUCAUCCGUCUCACGCACAACUGUCAAGUUUCGAAACCAGUAAGUUCCAACGAAUUCACAAUGUUUAUGGGCUAUUUUUUACCAGGUUCAGCGAUUGGGAAGAGUUUGAUAGAGGAUACAGUUUGA